AUGAGUGGCACAAGCGCAGACAAUGUUUGGAUUUGUUUCUUCGCCGAAAAACCGAACCGGCUUUUACGCCAGAUGGGAGAUGAUUGCUUGGCUGACGGGCGUGCAAGGCCCCGGAACGAGACGAGGGAUGCUCAAUGCGCAAGAACAGUGCUGGGUCGAAGAGCAAACACCAUACUACAGGAACGUCAGCAGAAUGUGAUGCGCAAUGUAAACCGGCCGGACAAAUCGUUGCUCUGA